CUUCCGCUUCUGCCUCGGCCCCGCUACGAAGGUCCCUCCUUUCGUCGCUCAAACCAAUCAGUCCGAUUUCUUCUUUCCGUCCAAUUCAUUGCUCAUCUGCAGCCAUGUCGGGUGUUAGCAAGGCUUGCUGCUCGUAUGUUUUGUUGUAUCUUCAGACAGAGAACGGAUCCUGACAGACGACAGCAUCCCCCCCGUCGUGGCCAAGAACUACCAGGCCAAGGGUGAAUACAAGACCAUCAAUGGCCUGAAGACCUGUACGUCCUCUGAACUCAUCCAAUCGAACCAAACUAAUCAUCCAUAGAUGUCACUGGCCCCGAAGACGCCACCAAGGCCAUCCUCGUCAUCUACGGUUCGUAACACCCAUUCCUACCACCAUCCCCUCAACUAACCCCGCACCAGAUAUCUUCGGCUUCUUCCCCCAAACCAUCCAAGGCGCCGACAUCCUCUCCACCUCCAACACCCAGAAAUACCGCGUCUUCAUGCCCGAUUUCUUCGAGGGCCAACCCGCCGACAUCUCCUGGUUCCCGCCCCAAACCGACGACCACAAGGCCAAGCUCGGCAACUUCUUCCAGACCAAGGCCGCCCCGCCUGCCACGCUGUCCCGCAUCCCCGACGUCGUCAAAGAGGCCAACCAGCUCGCCCCCGCCGGCUCCUUCGACUGGUCCAUUCUCGGCUACUGCUGGGGCGGCAAGAUCACGGCCCUGGCGACCGGGCAGGAGAACACGACCUUCAAGGCGGCCGUGCAGUGCCACCCCGCCAUGCUGGCGCCGGACGACGCCAAGUCCGUGAAUGUGCCGAUGGCGGUGCUGGCGUCGAAGGACGAGAACGCGGCCGACGUGACGGCCUUCGGGGAUAACUUGGCCAAGCCGCAUUACGUGGAGACGUUUGGAACCCAGAUCCAUGGGUGGAUGGCGGCGAGGUCGGAUUUGGAGAAUGAGGAGGUCAGCAAGGAGUAUGAGAGGGGAUAUCGCACUGCGUUGGACUUUUUGCACAAGCAUGCUUAGAUGGUUGGAAUGUAAUGAGUAAUGUU